UCGGAGGCAGCGCCGCGGAGCGGGGAGGGUCUCGGGCCGCCGCUCGCUGGGAGCCGGCGCCGGGCCCGUCCGCCCCCCGGCCGAGGAAGGGGCGGCGCAGGCGGCGGCCGCGAUGCACCCGAAGCUGCUGAAGAACGCGCACUACAUCGAGCUGGGCAGCUACCAGUACUGGCCCGUGCUGGUGCCGCGCGGCAUCCGCCUCUACACCUACGAGCAGAUCCCCGUGUCCCUCAAGGACAACCCCUACAUCACGGACGGCUACCGGGCCUACCUGCCCUCGCGCCUCUGCCUCAAGAGUUUGUUUAUUUUGUCCAAUGAGACCGUGAACAUCUGGAGUCAUUUGCUGGGCUUCUUCCUCUUCUUCACACUGGGUAUAUAUGACAUGACUUCUGUAUUACCUUCAGCAAGAGCUUCUCGAGAAGACUUUGUCAUUUGUUCUAUUUGUCUUUUCUGCUUUCAGGUCUGUAUGCUCUGUUCUGUAGGUUAUCACCUUUUCUCUUGUCAUCGCUCAGAAAAAACCUGUCGACGAUGGAUGGCAUUAGAUUAUGCAGGAAUCUCUGUUGGCAUACUGGGUUGCUAUGUGUCAGGAGUAUUUUAUGCAUUUUAUUGUAAUAAUUACUGGCGUCAGGUCUAUCUGAUCAUGGUGCUUGCUAUGAUCCUCACCGUCUUCUUUGCUCAGAUUCACCCCAAUUACCUCACUCAACAGUGGCACAGACUUCGUUCCAUUAUCUUUUGUUCAGUGUCUGGGUAUGGAGUGAUUCCUACUAUUCACUGGGUCUGGCUCAAUGGAGGUGUUGGUGCGCCUAUUGUGCAGGAGUUUGCACCUCGUGUAAUUGUGAUGUAUGUGAUCGCCCUUGUUGCUUUCCUCUUCUACAUUUCCAAAGUUCCAGAAAGAUACUUUCCAGGACAGCUAAACUACCUCGGGUCCAGCCACCAAAUAUGGCACAUCCUUGCAGUGGUCAUGUUGUAUUGGUGGCAUCAGUCAACAGUGACUGUCAUGCAGUACAGACACAGCAAGCCUUGUCCUGACUAUAUUCCACACUUGUGAAUGCAGGUACGGCAACCUGGUACAGUCACAUGUCAAGCAAUAUCAGAUGGUGGAAAUUGCAUAUUCUUUACUUUAAAUGUUCUGUUUUUCUUUUGUUAUCUUAAGGCGUGUAUCAUGAUUAAUAUUUUAUGAAAGUUUUAAAAAAUACACUCAGGGGGAUUUACAGUUGCCCAGUAACUCAGUCAUUGGGCCUCACUUGUUUGAUUCCGCUAUAUGUAUUUAGCUUCUCACAUAUGCCAACUUAGCACCCACAAAGUGUUAAACCAAUCUAUGUUGUUGAAAAUUAGGUUCUUUUAUUUACCAGUUUUAUUUCUCUAGGAAGCAUUCAGCAUUACUGGAGGAUGGCAUCUGUGAUUACAGAAAUAUUCUUGCAGUCACCCCGAUUGUUUAUAAAUGAAGAUUUUAAAAAUCAAGUUUAAGUGCCUGAUCAGGGCAGUAAUAGCCUGAGUUUAACAAGUACUAGAAUAAUCAUUUUGAUUUGAGUUUAGUUUGCAACAAGGUCCAUUUUUUUUUUAACUUCUAAAAUACUGAUUAUCAAAUGGUUGUGUUGUAUGUUUUCAGAAGAACAUUGUCUCAGGCUUCAGGGUUUGUCAGAAUAAGCCUUUUUGUUAACUCCUAUGAAUUUUAGCUCUAAAACUUGAUUUUAGACAAGCUUGGAAUAUAUACAGUACACUGAUUAACUGUGUGGUCAUUCUCAUAGGAAAUUGAGAUGAUUUAGCAGUGAAAGAGACUGUGUUCUCAUUAGAUCAACCACAGUAGCUAAUUUCAUCUGUCUAUCCAAACCCUGAACAUUAAUGCAGAGAAAGGGCCCAGAAUCCCACAAUGCCGGAGUUGUGCUAAACAUUCACACGUGUAAUCCUUUUCCUAGAAACUGAGGAUCUAAAAUUCAUGAUGAAAGAUCCCGGAUUCCUGGGUGUAUUGCCAAGGCUUCAUUCUGAAAUCAGCCAUGAGCUUUGGAGUAAAAGCAGUGGUUCUCAAAUUUCUUGGUCUCAGGACCCCUUUACAUUCUCAAAAAUUGAGGACCCCAAAAAGCCUUUGUGGGCUAUAUCUAUUGACACUUUUAUUAGAAAUUAAAACAUUUUAGGAUUAGUAUGAAAAACUUUUAUCUCUUGGAUCUCCUCAAAGGGUUUCAGGGACCUGCAACCAUACUUUGAGAACCAUUGGAGUAAAGUACUGCCAUUGCCCAGUCUGAAUACUUAUGGUUCUUCAUACUCUAGUCCCCUAAUGUCAGCAUUGUGAUUAUAUUACAGUAUUGUCAUAGAAAUAACCAAUAUUUGGAGUCUCAGAAUUCAAAAUUGGAAUGAUUUCCCUUUCCUUAGAUAUGCAAUCUGUGUUCUAUCAAACAAGGACAUUUUUUGGAUCCUCUUGUUCUAACAAAUAAAUAAGAUAAAGACUUAAGAACAAGAGGUUUAUGGUGUUUGAUACUUCAAAAGUUAAAUAGAAAACUUGUUAUUGCUAAGUUGAACAAACUUUUUGAAAAAUAAAUUAUAAUUCAUGAGUUAAUACUGUAUUUGAAGAAAAUUAAAAUUACUCAGCUUUCCUAAGGAAUGUUGAAUAACACAUUCAAAUUAUACAUCCGUUAUGACCUUAAGAAUGCAAACUUUAGGGGGCAGCUAGGUGGCACAAUAGAUAAAGCACUGGCCCUGGAUUCAGGAGGACCUGAGUUCAAAUCCGGCCUCAGACACUUGACACUUACUAGCUGUGUGACCCUGGGCAAGUCACUUAACCCCCAUUGCCCCACAAAAAAAAAAAAAAAAGAAUGCAAACUUUGCCUUCAUUUAUCCAUCUAGAAAAUGGAAAUGUUAACUCCCCCCCCCCCCAAGCUUCUGAGAUACUCAAGUGCAAUAUAUAGGUAAAGUUUCUUUUUUUUUUUUCCUUUUAAGGAAGAGUACUUUAUAUUUUCUGGUGGCACUCCCACUUUGAAAAAAGCUAUACAAUAGUUACCCUAUGCCCUUAGAAACCUUCCCAAAAUAGUGGCUAUCUCCUCUCAAGCAUCUCUUAUUAGCUUACUGUAACAUUACUACCUUCAAACAAUCAAAUAUUUUGCCUUCUUGGCCAAAGGAAAAAGGAUUUGUGCAGUGCCACAGUGGUUACAGGUGACUUAAGAGUUCAUCUGGGUCUGUAACCUGGUUAUUGUCAAAUCUCAGCAUAAACAAAUAAGUUCUUUGCAACAUUCUUUGACUUGUUUGAUACUUAUAAAAUACCAUGAGUAAAAGUUUUUGUUUUUUUAAUGGACUAUACUAGUCUUGGGGAGAAUUAUACAAGAAACAUCUCAACACUUAAAGCCUUUCUUUAUUCUUGUAAAUUUUGUAUUACUUGUAAAUCUUAAUGUGGUAUAUUUAUUUGUUGAGGUGUUAAUGAAUGUAGGUUGCUAACAACUAAACACUUCGAGGUUUGUCAAUAUUUAUUGACCACUUCUUGUGGGUGAACUCCACACUUGUAUUUUUAGAAGUCUCAUUAGUUAACAUUAAAUAACUACUUACAACCUGCCUCCAAAACUUCUGAGCCUUUUGAAAUGUACAUCUGUUAAUAUUAUUUUCCAAACUUGUUGGUAAAGCAAGUUUCAAGGCACACUAAUAUUCCAGUUACUAAUAAAACUUGAGUUCUGCUAGGAUCAGAAACUGCUUUUAAACUGUAAACUAAAAAAUAUUUUUAAGUUUGGAGCCAUUUUGAAUAUCGUAUAGUAAUUUAUGGAUUCAGUCAACUAGCUUUAGCAAUACAAGUAUGUUUGUAUAAAGUCAAGCCAUUAGCAACAAGUAGCAAAGAAAUUAUUGUCACUUUGUGUUUAUACUGAGUGCAAUUUACAUUGGGCUGCAUGGAAAAUAUAUAUUAAGUAAAUAAAUUGGAUUUAUUAAAA